GAUUUAUCGUCUUUUUGGGAACGUUCGACACAACUGGGGACAUACUUAUGGACCCAUUUGUCAAUUGUCAUAGACAUGACUUAAAUACAUAUUUAUGUUUUAUGUAUCUAUAAAGUGUGUUUAAUAUUACACUCAUCGCAAACAACACAACUACGAAUUACAAAUUAUGAUAAUGAUAAUUUAGUAUUUGAAUGUAGGUACCUCAUAUUAUAUCAUACGAUAAUAAAAUAUUAUGACGGGAUGCCAGUUUUAUAAUAAUAAUAAUAAUAAUAAUAAUAAAUAAUAAAUAAUUUAUUAUUAUUCUGAACGCGCGUAUCAGUGACCAUUUCCUUUACACACGACUUGCCGGAAGGCGGAAGAUGACACAACUAUGCGAUCAUCAUUGACGGCCACCUCUACGCCACUGUUUGGUCACAGGAAGUGUCUGAGGAUAUAUUGAUUUAAAACAAUCGUUUUGUCCGCCGCUACAGCAACAGUUGUAGCAUUAAACGUCCAGCAUGUCAAAAGACAGAGUACUGAUUUUGGGAGGCUGUGGUUUUAUUGGCCGUCACCUGGUCAAGUAUUUGGUGGACAACGAUCUAGCUUCGGCCGUGAGAGUAGUUGACAAAGUGCCACCCCAAAUUGCUUGGCUCAAUGACGACCACAAGGCAGCCUUUGAAUCUCCCAUAGUAGAAUUUCUCAGUGCUAAUUUGAUAAAUCAAUUUUCCUGCGAGAAUGUUUUUGAAGGUUUCUUUGAUUAUGCUAUCAAUUGUGCCGGAGAAACUCGUGUUGAUUUACCAGACACCAUCUAUGAAGAGGGAGUCUAUAAACUCAGCAUGAACUGUGCUCGUACUGCUGCCAAGUUUGGUAUAAAACGUUAUGUUGAAGUGUCAUCAGGUCAGUUGACUGCCAACCACAAAGGACCAAUUAAAGAAGAUGAUAAAGUAAUACCCCUCACAUCCAUCGCUAAGUACAAAUAUGAAGUUGAAAAACAAAUUAAAACCAUUCCGAAUUUAAAUUAUACGAUUGUCCGGCCAGCUAUUGUGUAUGGCAUAGGUGACAGAACUGGGCUAACACCAACUAUUGCGAUUGGUUCUUUGUAUCGAGGACUGGAAGAGCCUGUUCGAAUACUGUGGAAAGGCAGUACCUCUUGUAACACAAUACAUGUUGAAGACUUUUGUAGAGCUGUAUGGUAUUUGUUAAAAUUACCAGAAGCUGUUGGGGAAACUUACAAUUUAGUCGACAGUGGUCAAACUACACAGAAUAUGAUAGCUGAAAUUGUGUCCUCAUUGUUUGGAGUUAAACACGAGUUUCUGGGCUCGGUUCUUUCAUCUUUAUGUAGAAAUGAUCUUGAUGUUAUUGCUUCCGAAGCAAAUGACAAACAUUCAGUACCUUGGGCCGAAGCAUGUUCAAAAUCUGAUGUUCAUAACACUCCUUUGUCUCCAUUUAUUCACAAAGAUCACUUGAACGGUUAUCGUAUCCAAAUGAAUGGCAGUAAAUUUAUGAAUAAUUCUGGUUUUACAUUAAAACAUCCAACAAUCACAGUUGAAUUACUGAAACAGGUUGUCGAUGACUACAUUAAAAUGAAUCUUUUUCCUAAAUCAUUGCUAGUUUAAACGUGUUGAAAGUUACCAUUUCAUUAAGCACAAUUUAUUGUAAACUUAAUUUUGAUAUUUUCUGUGAUAUAAUAUUAGUUAUUACCAUUAUUUAAUAUUUAUUUAUAUUG